AUGUUAAUCUUUCGUCAAUUCACCCACAAAACCCCCAAAUCAGCCACACUUCUUUGCAAUACCUCUCGCUUCCUCACCACCCAAAGUCCUCACCCAUUUCCAGACCAACCCAAUUCCUCCGACUACGACGACCUCAUCAAUGCCGCCGGCCGUGAAAGAGACUUCGCCGCCGUCCGCCACCUCCUCAACAAGCGCGUAAGAGACGGUUGUUUCAACACCACCAAAACCUUCAAGUUCAUCUCCACCGACCUGUCCGUACUCGACGACCUUUUGCAAUCCCUCUCUCUUCUCGAUAGAGGGUUUCCCAGGAAGAGCGCGCACGACUCUCUCGUCGGUCGUCUCUCCAAGUUGCAGAGAACGGAUGAAGCCCUGCGAUUGGCGGACAUUAUGGUCAAGAAUGACUAUGGCGCUAAUGCGUGUACGUUUCAUCCCAUUCUCAACGCCCUCACGAGGCAAAAGAGAAUGGACGAAGCAUGGCGCGUGAUGGAGUUGAUCAGAGAGAAUGGGAUUACACCUGAUGUGACGGCUUAUAAUUAUCUGCUGACCGCUUAUUGUUUCGCCGGAGACGUGAUGUCAGCGGCCAGAGUACUGACGAGAAUGGUGGAGGAGGGAAUGGAGGCAGAUACGAGGACGUAUGACGCGCUGGUUCUGGGAGCGUGUAGGGCGGACAAGGUGGAGGGGGCAUUGGUGGUGCUGAGGAGAAUGGUGAUUGAUGGAGUGCCGGCGUUGUAUUCCACUCAUGCACACGUUAUUGGGAGUCUGCUGAAGUUGGGUCAUUAUGCGCAGGCGGUGGAGCUUGUGAUGAGCUAUGGUGGGAGGGAUAAGGGGUUAGAUACAGAGAAUUUUGGGCUUUUGGCUAAUCGAUUGAUUAAUUUGAGAAGGUUUGAUGAUGCUAAGUUUGUAUUGGAGGAGAUGAGAAAAAUGGGGCUGGCAAUGGGCUACAGAUUGAAGGAUUUUUAUGACUUACAUAUGAAUAAUUAA